AUGGCUGGUAGAGUGUUCACUGGUCUUGCGUCUUCUGGUGGUCGUCUUGGACUCUGUCAGACUUCUGUCUUAUUCUCAGGUUGUUACCAAAAUGUGUUCACAAAUCAGCAGAGAUUCGUACGCUACCGUAGAGUUCGUGUGAAUAUUGAUAUCCCAUGGACUCCGAAGGUGGAAUGGCAUCCCCCGAUGAGAAGUAUGAUCCUUCAGUAUUUGCCCCGCAAUACUGGGGAUUUGGAAACUUUCCAUCCUGUUGAAUAUCGGAAAACUUUAAAUGACCGUGGACAGAGCUUCCCACCUCAUUUGAAAUAUUCGACUUUGUUGGAAAAGGCUGACGAAAUGACGAAGGCGAUACUCUCUGUUGAUAUGCUGGGAAAUGAAGCCGUUUACGGAAUUUAUUCUUCCGAUCUUACUCAGCGGGUGCAGCGUCAUCCCCUUGAUUCGGAUUCCCUGCCAGCUCAAAGUUUGUUCCAGUGGUUUGACGAUUUCGCACAAGGAAGCAUUCUUGCGGAACUGACCGCUCGAAUAAGAUGGCAACAGUUCCGAUUGUUCAAGCCAGAGGCAAAACUUGAGGAUGCUCCGAUCACGAUGCAUGGAACUAUCGAUCCCAAUUAUUUCUUCAGAGAACGAAUGAGAAGGCGCCAAUUCGUUCGAUUGGCCCUUCGUGAUGCGGUUGAAGCUCGGAGGAUAGCGCUGGAAAAACUACGACAGGAAGAUUACCAGUAUUUUGAAUUUGUUUUGGAAAGGCUGCGAAUUUCCUAUAAACCUCUGCCUGUACUCGAACACAAAAUUCGCCGGAAAGAAUGCAUACGUCGAUUAGCUUCCGAAUAUGUGUUGCUCUUGAAAAAAGAGCGUCGCAAUGCGUAUGCCAUGGAACUCGCGUCCCAGCAAGAAUCGUUUUUGAACGAAAAGAUCGAAACACUGAAAUGGAUUCAAGCUGAGGAACAAGAUUUAAUGCUGGAGCCGACUGUUACUGUCGAAGUUCUUGCGAAUGCUGCGAAGCAGCUUGAAGAAUACAAGAAAGUCGCUGCUGCCAAAGCUUCAGCCCUGGGUGAAGCGAAUUUCACUGACAAGAAUGCUCCUAACUCGCGUAUGAAACGACCGGAAGAUGUUACGAAGCCAUCAAAGUUUCCUGUGGGGCUAUGGCCGUACGAUGCUUUCCAGUUGGACGAAAAUGUUCUUGUUAAGGCUCAUCAUAAUGAGUUCAAAAGCUUCCCAAAGCCUGAGAAUUGGGACGAGCGGUUGUAUGAUACGCUGCAGAGGGUCGAUUAACGUCAGUGUUGAAAUUUCGAUGCUUUAGGAAAUGAAUAUGCGACCUAGCUCUUCGUUGUCUGUUGAAUGUUCGCUUUUGAAGAAGCUUUCUCACUUGUUUCUGGAAA